CAAAGUGCAGGUCCUAGAAAUUCUGGAUCUCGCCCACUUCCUGUUGGUGCAGACAACUGUCUGACUGGCCUUGCAUUUGUGUUUACCGGAGAAAUGCCAUCUUUUUCUCGGGAAGAUGCCACUGAUCUUGUCAAAAGAUAUGGCGGACGAGUUGUUGGUGCUCCCAGUUCCAAAACGUCAUAUGUGGUAGUGGGUGAAGAUCCUGGAGAAUCUAAGCUUAAAAAAGUACGCGAUCUAAAACUGAAAGUCCUCGACGAAGACUCGUUUGUCAACCUUAUUUCAUCCACAUUUAAUGGUGCGUCUGCAUCCACUGUAACUUUGGCAUCUCCUUUGCUUCCUGUACAUUCAGCACAGUGUACAACACCAGUUUUGACUUCUUCCAUGACACCACUUUGGGUUGACAAAUACAAGCCCAUCAGCUACAGUGAAGUUAUUGGAAACAAAGGGCUUAUUGAAAAACUUUCUAAAUGGCUGAAAAACUGGGAAUCCAAUCGUCAAUAUGGGUUUCCAAAGGACGUGAAAGAUGACAGCGCUACUUUUCGCGCAUGUCUUCUUUCGGGAUCGCCCGGGUUGGGAAAAACCACAUCAGCGCAUCUGGUGGCUCGCUUGGAGGAUUUUGAUGUGGUUGAAUUUAAUGCAAGUGACGUUCGAAGCAAAAAGGCUCUUGAUGAAUCAACGGGAACCGUGUCAAUUGCUUCUUUAUUUGGUACAGCAAGCUCGUCACUUUCCAAGGUAUUGGGUAAAUCUGCCGCACCAGUAAACCAUAAAAAAAGAGGUCGUGUUUUGAUUAUGGAUGAGGUUGACGGAAUGUCUGCCGGUGACCGUGGUGGCUCAGCCGAGCUGAUUUCCAUCAUCAAACAAACAAAAAUUCCCAUUAUUUGUAUUUGCAACGACCGCUCUUCUCCCAAAAUUCGCUCGCUUGCCAAUCAUUGUUUUGAUCUUCGUUUCCGUCGUCCAGAUGCCAGGAUGAUAUCUGCUCGUGUUGAAAUGAUCUGCAAAAAGGAAGGGCUGGAUAUUUCUCCAAACGUGAUUGCUGAGCUUGUUGAUAGUACAUCGGCUGAUAUUCGUCAAAUUCUCAACAUUCUUUCAACUUAUAAACUAACCAACAAUCGGUUGACCUACGAUGAAGCAAAAACCUUGUCAGCAAAUACUCGAAAGAAUUCUACCAUGUCACCGUUUGAUAUUAUUGGCAAACUCUUGUCCCAUGGUAGUUACCGCAAUCUGUCUUUUGGAGAUAUGAUUGAUUUAUACUUUCACGAUUAUUCCAUGGUUCCGCUUAUGGUACAUGAGAAUUAUUUGAAUCAAAUCCCUUCAUUGUCUACUGAGCUUAGGGCUACGGGAAAACAACUUGAUUUAGAAACCGUCCGGUUGUUGAGUGAGGCUGCUGAUUCAAUAUCUAUGGGCGAUUUGGUUGAAAGCGUACAACGAAGCUGGAGUUUGCUUCCGCUACAUGCUGUAAUGUCUACCAUUCGUCCAUGCUUUUUUGCACAUGGUCGUGGCAGUUUACGAUACAAUUUUGCCAGCUGGUUAGGACAAAACUCUAAACAAGCCAAGGCACAACGAUUUCUUCGUGAGAUUCAAAUUCAUAUGCGGCUGCGAACAUCAGCCGAUAAGAACCAAGUGUGCCAGUGUUAUCUUCCCACUCUUGCACAGCUUCUUACUCGACCCCUCAGUAAUUCUGGCACGGACGGGAUAACUGAAGUGAUUCGUUUAAUGGACGAAUAUUAUUUGUCCAAAGAUGAUUUUGACGCUAUUAUGGAGCUGGGAUAUUCCAAAUUGAUUAGCGGCGUAGCAACUUCAACCAAAACUGCGUUUACAAGAAUAUACAAUAAGAUGAACCAUCCAAAAGCUACCAUGGAUACAGUUCCAGCAAAAUCAGUAGGAAAAGGGCACGGAUCUGAGCUCAAGCCUGAUAUGGAAGAGAUUAUUGAUGUGGAGGAUCAAGUUCUUGACGAUGAUGCAAGCGAUGCUGGAGGAAACGAUGGCGAUGAUGCCAUUUCUAAUGAUCGUAGUAUUAAGAUAAAAAAAACAAGCACUGGCAAGAAUUCUCAAAAAAAUAGCAAAUCCUUGGCUUCCGAGUCCAGUCGU